UCAUUCAAUAGCUACCGUAUUCAAUUUUUGUCGGUUGUUGAGCUGUUGUUAUCGGGGACCCUCGUCCACCGGUAGCUAGUUGUAUCGGAUGCACGGGUAUAUCCUAGGUAUCUUCCCAUUAUAAAAUUUUGUGAGUGAAGCGUGGCAUCCACGAAGAUCUUGUGGCAUGACACCGGCUUGACUGAGGGAGUGAGAAAGCUCAACGCAUAACGCCAGCAACGAUGAUGAUGACACCCUUAUCACCAACAUCGUCGCAAGUACGGUCGUACAAGAUGGCUUGUUUGUGCUUUGUGGCCAGUGCCCUCUUCCUUACGUUUCUCUCUCAACGAUCUUUGGGUCGAUUUCAAGACUUCCUCUUGGAUGAAAGUCAGAAUCAAGAGCACCAGAUGAUGCGUCAUCGUCGCGCCAUUGCUACCGAUUCUACCAGUGCCGAUGAUAUCAACACCCAAACCACCACGCCUGUACCUCCCGAUACCUCCCACAAAACGGUCCUUGUCACGGGAGGUGCCGGGUUUAUCGGUUCCCACGUGGCUCAAGCAUUGCUCCAACGAGGAGAUGACGUUGUCAUUAUCGAUAACAUGAACGACUAUUAUCCAGUGCAUAUUAAAGAAAACAAUCUCCACAUUCUCAAGACGACGAGUGCUGCACAACAACGACAAAACGCAACUACAACGUCUUCUCGUCGUCUCACCAUUUAUCGCGGUGAUAUUUGCAAUCAGACACUCCUCGACCAAAUCUUUCGAGAAACUCGUCCUUCCCACAUUUGUCACUUGGCGGCUCGAGCGGGGGUUCGUCCCAGUGUCGAAGAUCCAUUUCUCUACGUACAAACCAACAUUAUGGGAACGACACGACUUUUGGAAAUGGCCGUCCAAUACAACGUCUCCAACUUUGUCUACGCCAGCUCGAGCAGUGUCUACGGGGGUAGCAGCAGCAGCAGCAGCAGCCGUAAUAAUAACAAUAACAACAAUCGAACCACGUUUUCCGAAACGCAACAACUCGAUCGUCCCUGGUCUCCCUAUGCCGCCACGAAAAAGUCCACCGAACUCAUGGCAGCUACCUAUCAUCAUCUCUACAAUCUACAUUCCACUGGACUGCGAUUCUUUACCGUAUACGGACCACGAGGACGUCCCGACAUGGCACCCUACAAGUUUGUCGAUCGGGUCAGUCGAGGACUCCCCAUUCCACAAUAUGGAGAUGGCACAGCGGUACGAGAUUUCACCUAUAUUGACGAUAUUGUCCAGGGUAUCCUCCAAUCGUUGGAUCGGGCGUAUCCCUGUCAAGUCUUUAAUUUGGGCCGGGGAGAGGGGAUUGUCUUGAAAGACUUUAUUCAGUUGGUAGAACGGUUCACGAACAAACAGGCGACCAUCCAAGUGUUGCCAACACAAACGGGGGAUGUCCCCUAUACCAUGGCCGAUACCAGCAAGGCACGAGCCUUGUUGGGAUAUCUGCCUAAAGUGUCAUUUGACGAAGGGAUUCGACGAACGGUAGAGUGGUACAAUCGAACGCAUCUCGGUCGUCCGAAACAACAACAACUACAAGACACGUUGCCAAAGACAUCCAGACGACGACAACUGGAUGGAACCAAUGGCCAGGAUACCGAGCCAAAACAGAAAUCGGUAAAGCCAGCACUGAGAAAACCAGACGCGGUAGUGAGAUUACAAAGACCAAGUCUGGAAGACUAUCAAUACACUUUGAGCGGCGACGAUCCGCCGCCAUAAUCUAGCCAUAGCUAACAACACCAUUUAUUUAUAGAUUGACAUUCAGUCCAC